GGCCAGAUGAGGCUGGGAGACAGGACACCUGCAGCCCUGUUUUCCCUGGCUUCGGGUGGGCUGGCUGGCUUAGCCCAGAUCCCUACUUUUAAAACUGGGCUCCUUGUUCCUGAAACCAGACCCCAGCCUUCCCAUUUCUUUACAAGUACAUGCAUAUGGUCCCCCAGCAAACUCCCUGCUCCUUGCUGAUCUCAGAGGUCACGCUGCUCCCAGAGCCCACUUGGGAAGCCACACCAGAAACCCAGUUGGUGGCCCAAGGCGUCCCCUGUCCCACCCCAGCUUUCCCAGGGCCCCAUCUAUCCCCAAAGACAGGACACCUUUCUGGGGACCGGCAUGGGAAGCACAGACCCAUGGCUCCUGAACCGAAUUUCCUAUUAUUUUUCUCAUCCCCCAAUUCUCUGACAGGUUACCUGAGAAAAAGGCCCAAUUGUAGUUAAGCUGGUCCCACCCCUAGGCCAGCAGGAGCAGGUGCUAGACAAAGCUGUGCCUUGACUUCCCUGGGGCUCGUAGCUCCUCUGAGGCCAGCUCUGCCCAGGCCCCCACAAGGAGGCGUGUCUGCCCAGGGCCUGCUCUCCCCCUCCUAGCCAUGCUUGGGUAAUGGGACCCCGGGCUUUGUCACCUAAGCAAAGUUCUCAAGCCAUACCCUGUACUUCCAGCUUCUUGCACCCUAGAACCAAGCAGCAGCCACUUGCCUGGGGGUAGAGUCGGGGGCAGCAAGCGACACACAUCCACGUCCUGAGCAGGAAGCUCCUGACCUGCUGGGCAUGGGUGGAGAAAGAGAAGGUGACAGGGUUGGGUGGCUCUCCCUACAUGGUCACAUCCUGUGAAGAAACUGAGGACACCAGGAAUUCUAAAUUUGAACCUGAUGCCCCAGAGCUUUAAGAAAAUGUUUUUGUCAAAGGAGAAAACCAGAACGUUUUAUUAGUUUCUUGAACCGAUUUAUAGCGUCAAAAGUUAGACGCAGGUGCAGGCCUCCAUUCCAUCUAUUGGCUGGCUCUCGACUGCCGAGACUGGCCUGCCAACCUGUGUUUCAGGAGGGCACGCGUCUGCGGCUGAACCGCGGAAGGGCCGGUGAGGAACCGGGCCUCGGGAGAUGGCCCUGAGGGCCCCCGCACUGCUGCCGCUGCUGCUGCUACUACUGCCGCUCCGCGCCGCCGGCUGCCCAGCAGCCUGCCGCUGCUACAGCGCCACGGUGGAGUGUGGCGCCCUGCGGUUGCGCGUCGUCCCGCUGGGAAUCCCGCCAGGGACGCAGGUGGGCACCGUGUGGAGCUGCGGGAGGACGGGGUGCCCCCAGGGAGAGGAAGACCCCCGCAGCGGGGUAAGCGCCUCCUCUUUCCCCGGCCUGCAGACACUCUUCCUGCAGGACAACAACAUCGCCCGCCUAGAGCCGGGAGCCCUGGCGCCACUCGACGCUCUGCGCCGGCUCUACCUGCACAACAACAGCCUGCGCGCCCUGGAGGCCGGCGCCUUCCGCGCGCAGCCGCGCCUGCUGGAGCUGGCGCUCACUAGCAACCGGCUGCGCGGCUUGCGCAGCGGCGCCUUCGUAGGCCUGGCCCAGCUGCGCGUGCUCUACCUGGCGGGCAACCAGCUGGCGCGGCUGCUGGAUUUCACCUUCUUGCACCUGCCGCGACUGCAGGAGCUUCACCUGCAAGAAAACAGCAUUGAGCUGCUGGAGGACCAGGCUCUAGCGGGGCUGUCCUCCCUAGCACUGCUGGACCUCAGCAGGAACCAGCUGGGCACCAUCAGCCGAGAGGCCCUGCAGCCCCUGGCCAGUCUGCAAGUCCUGCGCCUCACAGAGAACCCAUGGCGCUGUGACUGCGCCCUGCACUGGCUGGGUGCCUGGAUCAAGGAGGGCGGCCAGCGGCUGCUCACCUCCAGGGACAGGAAGAUCAUGUGUGCAGAGCCCCCGCGCCUGGCGCUCCAGAGUCUCCUGGACGUAUCCCACAGCAGCCUCAUCUGCAUUCCGCCCUCUGUCCACGUGCAGCCGCUGGAGCUCACAGCCAACCUGGGUGAGGACCUGCGGGUUGCCUGCCAAGCCUCCGGCUACCCGCAGCCAUUGGUGACCUGGAGAAAGGUGCCCCAGCCUCGCGAGGGCCGGCCGCGAGCCCAGGCCCAGCUAGAAGGCGGGUUGCUGGGCCUGGGCGGACACUCGGCAUCCGACACGGGCAGCGGCAUGCUCUUCCUCAGCAACAUCACGCUGGCGCACGCCGGUAAGUACGAGUGCGAGGCCUCCAACGCCGGCGGCGCUGCCCGCGUGCCCUUCCGGCUCCUGGUCAACGCGUCCCGGCAGCAACCGCAGCAGCCCGCGCAACCGCCGCCUCCGGCCGCCCGCCCCGCCGGCAGCGAGCCCCGGCCCGAGGCGGGCAGCAUGGCCUUCCGCGCCCUGGGCCUGGCCACGCAGACGGCCGUUGCGGCGGCCAUCGCGCUGCUGGCGCUCACGGCGCUGCUCCUGGUCGCCAUGAUCUGUCGCCGGCGCCGCAGGCGAAAAAAGGCGCGGGGGCCUCCGGGGGAGGGCGCGGUGUUCGUCAACGACUACUUGGACGGCCCCUGUACGUUCGCACAGCUAGAGGAGCUCCGCGACGAGCGCGGCCACGAGAUGUUCGUCAUCAACCGCUCCAAGCCGCUCUUCGCCGAGGGUCCGGCGGAGGCGCCCGCGGACUGCGGACAGGCAGAGGGGGCGGGGCCGGGGCUCCGCGUGCCCCCGCCGGUCGCCUACGAGAUCCACUGCUAGGGCCGCGGGCGCGCGGAUGACGUGGGCGCCGGAGAUUGGCCGGUGCGGCCUCACGCAUGCUCCGUCAGUAAAGGUGGAAGCCGCGCAGUGUGCGCUGAGCCUGUGUGUGGGGCGCGAGCCGGGAACGUUGCACUCGGGAAUCCUGGGGUAGCAAUGGAAGGUGGCCAGGGAGGCCCCAACACCUCCCUUGAAGCUCUUCCGAAAAGACAUCACCCCAACCUCCAGCUCUGCAUGGGGGGGUCCCUCGCUGGCCCUGGCCGGCCACAGUAGGAUCUUGGGCCUCCGAAAGGUGGGAAGAGCAAGGACUGGCCGGCAGUGCCGACGGGGCUGCCCCGCGAAGGGCGGGGCGACAGGCUGGAUGGCAGUUGUUGCCCGGUGGCCAUGUUGGGGGUGACAGCAGAGAUAAGGAUAAGGGUGACCAACGUGGACAGAAAAAAAAACAGCCACAAAUUCAACUUC